AUGGCUUCGCAAUAAAUUAAAUUGAAUCACGGUUAGAAAUCUUGUGUUAUUGAGUCCAAAGAAUACGAUAAGCUGUAUGUUUUGAAGGACUAUUUGAGCCAGGUGUUUAAAUUGGCGAAAUUCAAAUUAUAUUAUAAGGAGAAGGACACUGAAGUGUAUAUUGAAAGUGAGAAAUAAUAUAUGGAUAUGGUUAACAGCGGAGAUGUGAGAGAGUUAUUUUUAGUAGAGGACAAUUAGAAGGAUAAAAAUUAUUUCGAUUUCUUCAUGUAAUAGUUAUUUGUCAACAAUGUUUGUUGCGAGAAUGAUUAGUCAGGGUGUGUGAUUUGUUAAGAGAAGAAACAAGUGAAACCCGAAGAAUUUAAUCAAUUGGUUAAGGAAUGUCUUCAUGAAUUGAUAGACAAAGAGGAUUUCCAAGCAUUUUGCAAAAAGUAGUUCAAGAGAAAUAUUUAAGACAUUGAUUUAUUCUUGGAACAAUUCAGCAAAUUGAGCAAGCCAAUAAAAUCAAUCAUUGCUAUCCAACCUUCUCAAUAACAAUAGUUACAAAUCCAACAGAAUCAAUAAGUCUCAGCUAUCAGACAAACCAACACUCCAGUCCAAUCACAAUUUUAUAAACAGAAUAUCAUGAAUAAAUCAACCAACAUUCAUCGCCAAUCUGAAGUAUAACAAUAGAUACCUAAAUCACAAUUGAUGCAUCCGGGAAGUUCAUAUAUUAGGUCAUCUAUUAUUGCUGGCCAUCUUCCAGAAUUCUGUGUCAAGUAUGAAAAACGAGAAGAGAAAAUCUAAGAAUUCAAUGCUGAUACAUAUGCGAAAAUAGACAUCUUUAUUAUUAAUAAUGGAUUGAAACGCUGGCCUGAGAGUGUUUAUAUUAAGUAGGUUGGACAUUAUCCACAAAACAUUCAAUAUCUUCCCUAAUUAAAUCCUGGUGAGAAACGAAGUUUGAGUCUUUAAUUUUAAUCGCCUAUAAAUGCUGGAGCAUACACUUACACUUGGGUUAUGUUUUACAAAGAUGAAAAUGAUUAAGAGAGGAGGAUUGGUUCUAAGUGUGUCACUGAAUUCAAAAUCAAGGAUUUGAGUAGAGAAAGAAAGGCUUAAAAGUGUGUGGAAAUGAUCUCAAAGAGUCUCUUCUCAGAUACCCCCAAAAAAGAAAUCAGAAACAAAGUUGAUGAUUAUAUGUAGAAGAAUCCGGAAAUGGGAAUCCAAUAAAUUGUAAACAUGGUCAAAGAAGAACUAGAGUUAUGA